GGGCCGUGCUCUGCUACUGUCUAUGGCUCUGCUCUGCUGUUGUUUAGUUUACCUUUUGCCUCUGGAGGUUACGAAGCAAGACCACUGUGUAAGUCAUUAAUUUUAAGGACAUGAGUGUACCAGCCAUCACAGACGCUAAAUGCGUUUUGGAAGAGAAAAUGGAUGAGGGCAUCCCAGACCUUCCCAGUGGUCCACUUGACAUCUACAGGAAGAGAGCAUCCUUCAGCUGGAAGGACAUGAUGCGGUAUCUGGAGGGUGAUGAAAUCAUUGCAUUCAAGCAGCACGUGUUCAGAACAUUGGAGAGUGACCCGCUAUUUGCCCGGCAGCCUGGGGAGGAUGUCUCAGUGGAGCAGAAGCGAGAGCUCACCUUCCGCCGCUGUAAACAGCUAUUUAAGUAUGACUUUUUAACACGUGAUGAUGUCAUGCAGAAUCCCUGGAAGAUGACCAUCUUCAAUGACUGCCUGGGAAUGUAUGACUGGUCUUUGGGAGCCAAGUACUUGCUUAACAAAGGGAUGUUUGGAGCCACAGUGGCAAACACAGGAUCUCAGAGGCACCUUAAGUUUGUGAAGGACAUUGAGCAAAUGAUGACAUUUGGAUGCUUUUCAUUGACAGAGCUGAGCCAUGGCAGCAACACAAGAGCCAUGAGGACGACAGCCAGAUAUGACCCCAGCACUCAGGAGUUUGUGAUCAACUCUCCAGACUUUGAAGCAGCAAAGUUCUGGGUAGGGAACUUGGGAAAGACAGCCACUCAUUCAGCCGUAUUUGCACAGCUUUACACCCCUGAUGGACAAUGUCACGGCCUUCACUCUUUUGUAGUCCAAGUCAGGGACCCAAAGACCUUGCUGGCAAUGCCAGGAGUGAUGGUUGGGGAUAUUGGAAAUAAACUGGGUCAGAACGGUCUGGAUAAUGGUUUUGCAGUGUUUUACAAUCUGAGGAUACCUCGGGAAAACUUGCUUAACAAAACAGGAGAUGUUACGCCUGAUGGGCGCUACGUUUCACCUUUUAAAGACCCCAAUAAGCGGUUUGGGGCGUCUUUAGGGGCUCUGUCAGGAGGCAGGGUGAGCAUUACGAGGAUGGCACUGGUCAAUCUGAAGCUGGCGGUGACUGUGGCUGUGCGAUUCUCCGCCACACGCAGACAGUUCGGUCCCAAAGAGGACGAGGAGAUUCCGGUGCUGGAAUAUCAGCUACAGCAAUGGCGUCUUAUUCCAUUUCUGGCUGCCGUGUACGCGCUGGAGCACUUCACCAAAUCCUUCUUCAUGAACUUUGUCGAAUUUCAAAUUGGACUCCUAAUGAAGGACAAAAGCAACAGACAGGCUGAACUAGGCAGAGAGAUCCAUGCCAUAUCAUGCGCUAGUAAACCUCUGGGAUCGUGGACAGCCCAGCGAGGCAUUCAGGAAUGUCGGGAGGCGUGUGGAGGACACGGCUACCUUGCCAUGAACCGGCUGGGAGACGUGCGCGAUGACAAUGACCCAAACUGCACUUAUGAGGGAGACAACAACGUUCUCCUUCAGCAGACCAGCAACUAUCUGCUUAGCUGGCUCCAGCACAAACAGGAAGGUAAAGGAAGGAUUGAAUCCCCCCUUGAGACUGUGAACUUUUUAGAGGACAUGAGCAGCAUUCUGCAGAGCAAGUUCACAGUUGGCUCAGUGGAAGAGUGCAUGAACUCAGCCGUGCCUCUUGCGGUGUAUAAGUGGUUGGUGUGUUUCUUACUGGGUGAGAGCCAGAGGAAGCUGUCUCAUGAGCAAUCCUCUGGACUGGGAGACUUUGAGGCACGAAACAACAGCCAAGUGUAUUACUGUCGCUCAUUGGCUAUUGCCUUUAUUGAGCACACAAUGCUGCAGCGUUUCCAUGACCAGAUAAAGGAUGAACAGACUCCAGCUGCUCUCAGAUCAGUGCUGGGGCGUCUCUGUGCUCUCUAUGGCCUGUGGACUCUCACCAACCACAUGGCCAUCCUGUAUCAAGGAGGUUAUUUCUCUGGUUGUCAGCCGGUUGACUUCAUCCAGACAGCCAUUCUCACGCUGUGUGGGCAGCUGAAGGAUGAUGCUGUGGCAUUGGUUGAUGUGAUCGCUCCUCCUGACUUCAUCCUGAACUCACCCAUUGGCAAAGCAGAUGGUGAGCUCUACAAAAACCUGUGGUCUACAGUCAUGCAGGGUAAGAACGUCUUGGAACGGCCAUCUUGGUGGGCUGAGUUUUGCUCUGACAAACCUGCAGUUGGAUCUCUCCGAGCCAAACUGUAACUCCUCAAGGUGGUCAGCUGUUUGGAAAACAGGAUCGUUGCAGACAUUCGUCGGUUUGUUCUUUACGCCAAACAGUUUUAUGAUAUUGAUAUAAUACUGUCAAACAGUUUUAAUUGAUAAAUUCAGUCUUGAUUAUGUUAUGAGCUUAUGGAAAAAGACAGGGAGGUUCCAAGAAAAAUCUCAACCAUGUUGAUCACAGUGAAAAUUAUGAACAGAUACACUUAAAUUUCCUAAGAUCAGCAUAAACUAAUAUGUGUGGUGCACUAUACACAUUAAUAAGAGCACUCAUAACGCUUUCUAAUUCAAUGUGCCAAUUCAUUGGUUUGGUUUGACUCGAAAAGGUUUGAAUUAAAGGCUGUCAGACCUAUUGUUUGAAUGCACAAAUUACUUAACCAUAACUAAACCCUCAAUAACAGUGUUGAGAGUCUAACUAAUUUUACAACAUUUUGUCAUGUUGAUGUCAUGGAUGAUGAAUGAUUGUUUAAUACAUUAUAUGCUAUAAUAUGCAAGAAUGUAAUUAUAUUUAAUUGUUACUUUUUAUCAAAAUAAAUACUUUAAAUUCUUUGAA